UGCGCCGCGCGGUCCCGGGCGGUGCGCACCGCAGCCCGUCCCCGGCGGAGCUGGGAGCCUCGGCCCCGCGCCCCACCGCAGCCAUGGUGCCCCGGGCGCCCGGCGCGGCGCUGACCCUCUGCCUCUGGCUGGCGGCCUGCGGGCGCAGCCUGGCGGCCGGCCCGGGGGCGGCGGCGCGGCGGCUGGACGAGUCGCUGGCGGCCGGCAGCGUUCCGCGCGCCCGCUGCGCCUCCCGGUGCCUCAGCCUGCAGCUCACGCGCCUCUCCGCCUUCUUCCAGCUCUUCCAGAACAACGGCUCCCUGGACUGGUGCCAGAACCACAAGCAGUGUUCCAAGUGCCUGGCGCCCUGCAGGGAGACCGGGGACCUGCGGAAGGAGGGGUGUCUGAGCUUCUGCGAGCGUCUGUUCCCCAAGCGGAGCCACGAGUGCCUGACCAGCUGCGAGUUCCUGCAGCACGUGCUGGCGGUCAAGCAGGGGGACUGCCCGCCGCCCGAGAGGGCCAGCGGCUUCGCGGCCGCCUGCGUGGAGAGCUGCGAGCGGGACGGCGAGUGCCCCGGCGUGAAGAAGUGCUGCUCCAAUGGCUGCGGGCACACCUGCCAGGUGCCCAAGGCACUGUACAGAGGGGUCCCCCUGAAGCCGAGGAAGGAGCUGCGGUUCGCGGAACUGCCCUCGGGGCACCUGGAGGUCAGGUGGUCGUCCAGGUUCAACAUCUCCAUCGAGCCGGUGACCUACGUGGUGCAGAGGAGGUGGAACUCGGGCCCGCACCCCAGCGAGGACGACGCCACGCCCUGGCAGACGGUGGCGCAGACCACGGAGGAGCGGGCGCGGCUGGUGGACAUGCGGCCCGGCCGGUGGUACCAGUUCCGCGUGGCGGCCGUCAACGUGCACGGGACCCGGGGCUUCACGGCCCCCAGCAAGCACUUCCGCUCGUCCAGGGACCCAUCGGCCCCCGCGGCUCCCGCCCACCUCCGGCUCGCCAACGCCACCAGCCACGGCGACGACGGGAGCGUGACGGUCACGCUGGCCUGGGACGGGCCCGAGGAGCCGGAUGUCCCCGUGCAUCACUACAGGGUCUUCUGGAGCUGGGCCGCCCGCGGCUCGCCCGUCCCCGCGAGGAGGAAGCGCAGGAAGACGGCGGACGGGUCCCAGAACUCCGUGGUCCUGGAGGGCCUGCAGCCAGACACCGACUACAGCGUGGAGCUGCAGGCCGUGGCCUACUGGGGGCAGACGCGCCUCAAGAGCGCCAAGGUCCGCCUGCACUUCACCCCCACGCCCGCCGCCAGCAAGAAAGAGCCGCUUGGGAAGAGCGGAGAAGGGGAGACUCGGCCGCAGCCCCCUGCCCCUGAGCGGCGCCGGCCCGCCCGCCUGCUGGAGAUCGGCGCCCCCUUCUACCAGGACGGCCGGCUGCAGGCGAAGGUCUACUGGAAAAGGACGGCAGACCCCGGCGCCAGUGGCUACCACGUGCAGUGGGUCCCGGAAGCCUGUGCCCACAAUGACACCGCCCGGCCAGCGGCGGCGGCAUCCGCCACGACGCAGGAAAACUACAUGAUCCUCCGAGACCUGGCGUUUGCCUGCAAGUACAAGGUGACCGUGCAGCCGGCGCGGCCGCGGGGCCACGCCGAGACGCUGUUCUUCCGGACCCCGCCCUGCGCCGCGCUGCGGGGGAAGAGCCGCUCGCACGCCAGCUGCCCCGGGGAAGCAGGUCACGUCCUCCCCAAAGUGCUGGCCACGCCCGAGGACCUCUCCGCCUCCUUCACGGUCCAGGACGGGAACGUCACGGGCCACUUCGCCUGGAAGACGGCCAAGGCCAACCUCCACCAGCCCGUGACCGGCUUCCAGGUCACGUGGGCCGAGGUGACGACGGAGAGCCGGCAGAACAGCUUGCCCAACAGCAUCAUCUCGCAGUCCCAGAUCCUGCCCGCGAGCCACCCCCGCCUCACGGUGCCCAACCUGAGGCCGUCCACCCUGUACCGGCUGGAGGUCCAGGUGCUGACCGCCGCGGGGGAGGGGCCGGCCUCCCUGCGGACCUUCCGGACGCCCGACCGCCCGCCCCCGGUGCACGGGCCCCCCCUUAAACACCGCCACCCACACCACCACCGCUCGGCUCCCCGGAGGCCCUGAGCCGCCCUGGGCCCGUAGCCACAGGUGUGCCCCGGCCUCACCCCCAGGCACCCGCUCUCCACCCGAGGCCUCGGGACCCAGCGCCCCACGGAGGCCUGCG